AUGGCUUCAGGUCGUCUCUUCACUCUUCCCAUGCGAUCAUCCCUGCGGGGACCGGCGCUCUCGACUUUCCGCCCCUCUCCAUUUUAUGCUGGCAACUACACCGUCACUCUGAUCGAGGGUGAUGGUAUCGGACCAGAGAUCUCAGAGUCCGUGAAACAAAUUUUCAGCGCAGCUAAGGUACCAAUCAAAUGGGAGCCCGUUGACGUUACUCCUAUCCUCAAGAAUGGAAAGACUGCGAUUCCAGAUGAUGCUAUCGCUAGUGUCAAGAAGAACUUCGUUGCGUUAAAGGGCCCUCUUGCCACCCCCAUUGGCAAGGGCCAUGUUUCCCUUAACUUGACUCUCCGACGAACCUUCAACCUCUUUGCUAACCUCCGUCCCUGCCGAUCCAUUGCUGGUUACAAAACCCCAUACGACGAUGUUGACAUUGUCCUUAUCCGAGAGAACACUGAGGGAGAAUACUCCGGCAUUGAGCAUGUUGUUGUCGAUGGCGUUGUGCAGAGCAUCAAGCUAAUCACCCGCGAGGCUUCUGAGCGUGUCCUCCGAUUCGCUUUCCAGCACGCUCAGGAGAUUGGAAGGAAGAAGGUCCGCGUCGUCCACAAGGCCACCAUCAUGAAGAUGUCCGAUGGUCUCUUCCUCAACACCGCCAAGGACGUCGCAAAGGACUUCCCCGGUAUUGAAUUCGAUGCUGAGCUCCUUGAUAACACCUGCCUGAGAGUCGUCACUGAUCCCGCCCCAUACAACGACAAGGUGCUCGUCAUGCCGAACCUGUACGGAGACAUUUUGUCUGAUAUGUGUGCUGGUCUGAUCGGUGGUCUGGGAUUGACCCCAUCUGGCAACAUUGGAGACGAGUGCUCUAUUUUCGAAGCUGUCCACGGUUCUGCCCCUGAUAUUGCCGGCAAGGGACUGGCUAACCCAACUGCUCUCCUCUUGAGUAGUAUGAUGAUGUUGCGCCACAUGGGAUUGACCAACGACGCAAACAAGAUUGAAGCUGCCAUCUUCAAGACUCUCUCUGAAGGAAAGGCACUUACCGGUGACCUUGGAGGGAAGGCCAAGACCCACGAAUAUGCCGAAGCCAUCAUCAAGAACAUAUAA